AUGGCCCCUCCGCGACGAAAGAUGCUUGCGACAGCAGAGGAAACCCUGACCCCGCCAGAUGAUCUGGCCCCGGGGCAGCAGAUCGCACGGGUCCUCAAGGCGACGGGGAAUAAUCUCUAUGCGGCUGAAUUUCCGUCCAAGAAGUCUGUCCUGGUGGAACUGCCUGCCCGGUUCCGGUCGACCAUCUGGAUCAAGCGGAAGUCUUACGUCGUGGUCGACACGAAUGCCUUGGAAGGCCGCGAUAACAAGCUGGGCGGCGAGAUCGUCAACAUUGUUCGCGACGAGAAGGCCUGGCGGAAGGAGCGCUACUGGCCCAAGGAGUUCGUCAAGCAACCGGUCUCGUCGAUCUCGGACGAUGAAAGUGAAGACGAGUCCAAUAUGGGGAAGCUACCGCCGUCUGACGAUGAUUCGGAUGCCUGA